UCAGAGUUGAAUCCUCCUUGCAGCCAAAACAGCCACUUUUAGAUCUCUCUUUCCCAUUUUCUCUCGACGAAGUAGAAACCCUAAACUCAAAACCCUUCUUCCCUUUUGCCCAACGCAGAGACUGAGCUCCUCCUGCUCCGCUGUACGCCAUAUUAUCCCUUCCAUCCCUCUACGAAGACACAACCAUGCAAACUAGGAGUGCUCGUCUUCUCUCCUCUAUUAUCACAAGGGAUCUAUCUUAUUCACCGAGGCAUUUGAUCCGGGCGUUUUCUUUUGCUCUUUUCAGUACAGAAUCUAACCGACCCUCAAGAGGCGAGCUGAGACCGGGAAACCGCUCGGACGAAUUCUUCCUCCAAGAUCUUAACUUUGGGGAUGAAAGCAGACUGGAGAAAGAAGAUAAGGCCGAUUCGAAGCCGUCGUCCCCAAUUCCGGGCCGCCCUCUUCGCGGAGAACGAAGAAUGGAAGGCGUUCAAGAAGAUCUCUUCCCGGAUUUUAACAACAAGCAGCCGAGGAUGAGUGGAGGCCGUUCUAAUAAAUUACCUUUGACAGGAGAAAGAAGACGAGGAUCGGAUCCAUUCCAGCAAAAACUCAAGUCUGCUUAUGAAACUAAUGGGGAAAGCUUAGAUUUCUUCGGCCAGAAAGCAUCGCCCGGCUCAGCUGAUAGAGUCAAGGGAGAAGCAAAGAGUAGCGGAUCAAUACAAAAUGGCGAUAAGGAGAAAGGAGGCGAUCGAAUUGGAGAAAGCCUUUUCCAAAAAUUGAAACUUGGUGCUCUUUCCAGCGGUGGGAACUCAGAAGAAGCUGAUACGAAGAAGACAACCCAAAUUCCAGUUGCCGGGCCUACACACUCUCCGGAGCCUGAAGCACCCUCUGAAGAUUCUGAUCAAAUAUUUAAGAAGAUGAAGGAGACAGGACUGAUACCCAAUGCUGUAGCCAUGCUUGAUGGCCUCUGCAAGGAUGGCCUGGUUCAAGAGGCAAUGAAACUGUUUGGGUUAAUGCGUGAGAAGCGAACAAUGCCUGAAGUAGUGAUUUACACUGCGGUUGUCGAAGGUUUCUGCAAAGCAGCAAAAUUUGAUGAUGCAAAGAGAAUUUUUAGGAAGAUGCAGAAGAAUGAGAUUGUGCCAAAUGCAUUUAGCUACUCAGUUCUGAUUCAAGGUUUAUGCAAAGGGAAGAGGUUGGAAGAUGCUGUAGAGUUCAGUAUGGAGAUGUUGGAUGCUGGGCACUCGCCAAAUGGGCAAACUUUUAGUGGUCUUGUAGAUUUAUAUUGUAAAGAGAAAGGCAUUCAGGAAGCUGAAGAGCUUGUGAGCAGUUUGCGAAAGAGAGGUUUUGCUCUUGAUGAAAAGGCUAUUCGAGAACAUUUGGAUAAGAAAGGUCCUUACUCACCUAUGGUUUGGGAGGCUAUCUUUGGGAAGAAAAGUUCACAAAGACCAUUCUGAACAGAGAAGCCUAAUGGUAUCUGGCCCUCAACAACAAACAAGCGAGAAAAUUGCAAAGUAGUUCCAAGGUGAGGGCAUUAAUGGGUCGAGUGAGCACUACGAUUAUGAGAUAUGAUGAUGAUUGCAAGUGAAGGGAUUGAAGGGUUGAGAAAUGAUGACAUCCGAUGAAGCUCGCAAGUAAGGGCAUCAAUUGGCUCAAUGGAGGAAGAAGUCGCAUCAAUGGUGUAUGUAGGAGCUCAAAGUUGUGAUUUAGCUUGCUGCGAGAAGGUGUCGAUGGGCCUGGCAAUGGUGUAAUCCUGCAUUUCUAUUAGCAGAGUUGACAAAGUGUUAGAUGGUGUAAAUAAUGAAAUUUGUAUGUUAAAUAUGAAAAUAUUUCUGAUUUAUCAAUGUUAGAUGGACUUUAAGCAAA